CGGCGCUUGUUUACGAAUGAUCUCAGAAUGAUCUAUCAUGGUCAACUGUGCUGUUGUUGGCUGCUCUAACCGAUCGUGGAAAAAGAAAGACGAAGCAAGAAAUCUUUCUGACACCGGUUCUGGUUCCGCAGAAGACGAUGAAAACCGCGUUCAUGUGCGUUUUUUUCGACUUCCUACCGUCAUCCAGCAUCAGGGUGCAAAAGCGCUGGAGCUAUCGUCGAUGAGACGUUCGGAAUGGAUACGGAGGUUGAAUAGAAAAGGCAUCAACCGGGCAGCACAACACUAUCGUGUUUGCGGACUCCAUUUCGUUAGCGGAGAGCCGUCGGCACUGUUUGAUCAACACCACCCGGACUGGGCUCCAAGCUUGGAACUUGGCCAGGGCAGGCAGUUCAACAAUGAUGACAGCAGGUAACAAUGACUGUGCUGCUGGAAUUCAGUUGAAGGAAUUAUCAAACCUUUCUCCUCCUAACACACACCUCCUUUACCAUCUUCAAAAACCUUGUUCUCAGUCCUUAUCCCAUUGAGCCCUUCCAUCCCCUACACCAUAUCUGUCCCUACCACUUUUAGUUUCAGGACAAACACAUUACUCCACUACAUAUUUUAGAGGUACAAACGGCACAAGGCACGGAGCCAACAAAGGAAUGGUGAAGCAGCGCGGGCGCUAAUGUCUGCCAGAGACAUCAACCGUGACAUGUCUUCGGGGAAAGAACAAAAUCAGAACGAUCAACUUGCCGUAGCAGACACACAAGCAAAUUCAUGCCCUGUUCCUGAUGCAUGCGCCUCAACAAAUGAAGGAGAGAGCAGGGAUGGUGCACCAAACACAACCACAACUAGUUGCAACGAAACUGUGGUAGGGGAGGAUGACAUUUCAGACCCAAUCCCUGAAGAAAACACAGAGACGACAAAUGUAUCUCAGCUUGAGGAGGAGCUGAACCAUCUACGGUAUGAAGUGUACACCCUGCGGGAGAGUUUAGAUAGAAGGUCCCUCAGCGAACAGGCGUUUCGAAAUGAUGACCAGCUGACAAAGUUUUACAGUGGAUUGCCAAAUUUUGGUCUUCUGAACGCUGUGUUCCGUCUUGUCAAAGACUUGGUGCGAUACACACCAAACAAUAAGCUACCCCAGUUUCAGGAACUCAUUAUAACACUGAUGCGGCUGCGGCUGAACGCUACACAGCAAGACUUGGCCUACAGAUUCAACGUGUCUGAAUCCACCAUAUCACGUAUCUUCACGAAGUGGAUUGAUGGACUUUACGUUGGCCUUCAGAAUGUUGUAAGAUGGCCAACAAGGGAACAACUUAAGCGCACGAUGCCGAUGUCUUUUCGUGAAGCUUUUGGCACCAGUGUUGCAGUUAUAAUUGACUGCUUCGAGAUUUUCAUCGAGAGGCCAACAUCACUCAAGGCCAGGGCACAGACCUGGUCGCAAUACAAGCACAAGAAUACUGCAAAGUACCUCAUUGGAAUUGCACCACAAGGGGCAGUUACAUUCAUUUCCCGUGGUUGGUGCGGAAGGUCUAGCGACAAGUUAAUUGCCGAGACCUGUGGAAUCUUGGACAAACUGCUGCCUGGGGAUUCUGUCCUGGCUGACAGGGGAUUCACCAUUGCAGACACAGUUGGACUAUAUUGUGCUCGUCUAGAAAUGCCAGCGUUCACACGUGGCCGAGCACAGCUGUCACCGUGGAGUGUCGAAGCUACACGAAAACUAGCAAAUGUUAGGAUCCAUGUAGAACGUGUCAUUGGGCUCAUUCGUAAUAAGUAUGUGAUCCUGAAAAGUGUAGUGCCUGUCGACAUGCUCACCGCGGAGCACGAAGACCAUCCAAUCAUGCUUGACAAAAUAGUGUUUGUUUGUGCUGCACUUGCAAACAUUUGUGACUCUGUUGUACCAUUUAAUUGAACUGAUUGCACAAUACAGUAAUUUAUGCCAUACAAGUUGAGCACCACAUUUUUGUGCAUUCCCCAUGAAAGCAAGUGGUUGUAGUUGUUCGUGAACUAGCAAUAAACUGAAAUGUCCAUUACUGAAAUUGGUAUCACACAGGUUUUAAUAGUUCACUUACAACUGUCACAGUACCAUUCUCCUUUUGGAGCUCGUUUCAGGUUGAUGCAGGAAAAGUGAUACCAUUUUUUCUCACAGAGAGGAUUAUCACAUAAAAUCAUCUUCCCAACAUCGCCACCAUUGCAGUAACAAAAAGUGUUAGAGCUGUUUUCUGUCACAGAACUCACAUCCCCACUUUGCGUCCAAUACUUGUAUCGCAUUUCAGGCAGUAGAACACGUUCAAAGAAUAAAGAACAUUU